AUGACUCCACUCUUAUAUUUUGCGCCUCUAAGAGCAGCUCGGGGCUCCACUGCAGCAACAAGAGGGCAGAAUGACAGCUCUGUGGCCGAAUUCAUCCUCCUGGGCUUUUCUGCCUUCCCUGAACUCCAAGGGCAGAUGUUUGGGGCUUUCCUGGUAAUUUAUCUGGUGACCCUGAUGGGAAAUGCCACCAUUGUUGCUGUCAUCCUCCUGGACCAGAGCUUGCACAUCCCCAUGUAUCUGUUUCUGCAAAAUUUAUCUGUGGUAGAAAUGAGUUUCAGUGCAGCCAUUACACCUGAAAUGCUGGUAGUCCUUACCAGCGAGAAAGCAACCAUUUCCUUUGGGGGCUGUUUUGCACAAAUGUAUUUCAUUCUUCUCUUUGGUGGAACUGAGUGUUUUCUCCUGGGGGCAAUGGCUUAUGACCGAUUUGCUGCAAUCUGCCAUCCUCUGUCUUACCCUAUGAUUAUGAACAAAAGGGUCUUUGUGAAAUUAGUUAUAUUCUCAUGGGUAUCUGGGAUCAUGGUGGCUACUGUGCAGACCACAUGGGUGUUUAGCUUCCCCUACUGUGACCACAAGGAGAUUAACCAUCUCUUCUGUGAGACUCCUCCUGUGCUGGAGCUUGCCUGUGCAGACACCUUCCUGUUUGAAGUCUACGCCUUCACAGGCACCAUUUUGAUUGUCAUGGUCCCCUUUCUGUUGAUACUCUUGUCUUAUACUCGAAUUCUCUUCUCCAUCCUGAGGAUGCCAUCCACUACAGGGAGGCAGAAGGCCUUUUCUACGUGUGCCUCUCAUCUCACCUCUGUCACCCUCUUCUAUGGCACAGCCAGUAUAACGUAUCUACAGCCCAAAUCCAGGUACUCACCAGACACCAAGAAACUGAUGUCACUGGCAUACACACUUCUCACACCUCUGCUGAAUCCACUUAUCUACAGCCUGAGAAACAAGGAGAUGAAAAGGGCUGUGUUGAAAUUAUGGCAAAGAAAAGUGGCUUUACACAGAGGUUGA